AUGUACUCUGUGAAUGACUCAAAUUAUCAUGCACGUAAAAUAUGGACGGAAGCUGGACUACCUGAUGAAUUCUUGGAAAACUUGCAUCUGGGCGAUACUCCUGAUCCUUCUGUGAACUCCUCCUUUAGACUCGGCACAGCCGCACAAACGACAAUUGGCCUUUCUGGUUUGGCUGCUGCAUAUUUCUACCAAUUAGCAUCCGGGAAGGCACAAACCGUCUCAGUCGAUCCAAGGCAUGCAAUACUCGAAUUCAAGAGUGAAAGUUACUGGCUUAUCGACGACAAGAAACCGUCUGGGAAAUCAUUUGACGAACUAUCUGGACUAUACCAAACCAAGGAUGGUUUUGUUCGAAUUCAUACCAAUUUUCCUCACCACAAGCAAGGUAUCCUGGACCUUCUCCACUGCGAAGCAACUCGCGAAUCUAUUCAAGCUGCGCUGCUCACUUGGGACGCUCAAGAAUUUGAAGAUCAGGUCGCAUACAAUGGGAUGUGUGCUACAAAAUCAAGGACAUUUGAAGAGUGGGACAAGCAUCCACAUGCAUUAGCAAUUCGAACGACCCCACCGGUUCAGCUCAUUAAAGUUGGAGAGGCCCCGAAGCGGGAGACAUAUUCCUCGGCAUCACACCCGUUGGAUGGCAUUCGAGUGUUAGAUUUGACCCGUGUCCUAGCUGGUCCCAUUGCUGGAAGAACGUUAGCAGCCCACGGUGCAGAUGUCCUUCUCAUUACUUCUCCAAAUCUUCCAGAUCUGCCUUAUCUGGAUUGUGACACCUCGCGAGGCAAACGUACGACGCAGCUCGAAUUGAAUAAUGAAGUAGAUCGCACAAAGCUGAAGGAACUUGCCAAAGAAGCGGAUGUUUUCCUACAGGCGUACCGGCCUGGCGGUCUGCGCGACAAAGGCUUCGGUGUCGCAGAACUGGUGCAAGAGCACCCUGGGCUCGUGUGUGCAAGUCUGACAGCAUAUGGCUGGGAUGGUCCAUGGAAAGAUCGGCGCGGGUUCGAUUCCCUCGUCCAAAACGCAACAGGAUUUGGAUAUGCAGAGGCAGAAGCUUUCCAGCAGAGCUUAAAGGACCCAAACGGAAAUGAAGCUCCGUUAAGACCGUUACCCUGCCAAGCUAUUGAUCAUGCCUCGGGAUAUCUACUUGCCUUCGGAAUCAAUGCAGCUCUGUGUAAAACAGUCACGGAAGGAGGUUCUUGGGAGGUAAGAGUAUCACUUGCAGCGGUUGGCCAAUGGAUCCGCUCGCUGGGACGAAUUGAGCCACACGCUGCUUUUGAAAAGAGCCUCUCAUUGCCAAGUGGUGCUGUUCCAUGGCCAGACGAGUUGAUAACGCAUUCCGUGAACCUCAGACAAUCUAGGCCAGAUUCCAAUACUCAGGAUGAAACGCAACUCAAGAAGAUGACCGCCGUUGCACACGCCGCGAAAUUGUCAUUGACGCCCGUCGUGGAAGGGGAAGCUCCGUUGAGGCUCGAUGCUAAUGAGGCCAAAUGGCUUCAAAGGGAAUCUCGAGAAGCUUGA